GGCGGAGCCCGCGGAGCGCGGCGAGACCCGGCGGGUGCUGGAUGGUGCCCGCCCGGCCGUGGGGCGGCGGAGGGGCCGCUGAGCCCGGAGGCGGCGGACGGGGCUGUCCCGGAGGAUCACCACGGGGUGAGAGAAUGAAGAAGCCAGCUGAGCGGCAGCAGGAUGGGGCAGCAGGACCUCCCGCGCACUGACGAGUCCCCGCCGAUGCUCCCGUGGCCGCUGGCCCUGCUGGCCCUGAGCGCGUGUUGCUGCUUGGGGGUGGCUGGCGGGGCAAGUGGCACGGUGCCCCAGCAGCAUGCUGCCCCCGCGACCCCUUCCUCCUCCUCCUCAUCCUCCUCUUCCUCUGGCCGGGCGCCCCUCGACUGGCUCCUCACCGACCGGGGACCCUUCUACCGAGCCCAGGAGUACGUGGAUUUCAUGGAGCGCUAUCGGCAGGGUUUCACCACCAGGUACAGGAUCUACAGAGAGUUUGCUCGCUGGAAGGUGAAUAAUUUGGCCUUGGAGAGGAAAGACUUCUUCAACCUGCCGCUUCCCCUGGCCCCUGAAUUCAUCCGCAACAUCCGACUGCUGGGACGCCGGCCCAGCCCCCAGCAGAUCACCGACAGCCUCAUCAAAAAGUAUGGGACCCACUUCUUGCUCGCUGCCACGCUGGGAGGAGAGGAAUCCCUGACCAUUUUUGUGGACAAGCGCAAGCUGAGCCGGAGGGCAGAGCCUGCUGGAGGGGCUGGGAACAGCUCGGGGGUCUCACUGGAGACCCUGCACCAGCUGGCAGCCUCCUAUUUCAUUGACCGGGAGAGCACGCUGCGCCGCCUCCACCACAUCCAGAUUGCCACGGCUGCCAUCAAGGUGACUGAAACACGGACGGGGCCGCUCGGCUGCAGCAACUAUGACAACUUGGACUCAGUGAGCUCGGUCCUGGUGCAGAGCCCCGAGAACAAAGUGCAGCUCCGAGGGCUGCAGACAGUGCUCCCUUCCUACCUACGCGAGCGGUUCGUGGCAGCUGCCCUCAGCUACAUCGCCUGCAGCUCGGCCGGGGAGCUGGUGUGCCGCUGGAACGAGUGCCGCUGCCAGUGCCAGCCCGCGUUCCCCCGCUGCAACUGCCCCGAGCCCGACGUCCAGGCGCUGGAGAACAGCCUGGCCCAGCUCCAGCGAGCCUGGGAGAGCCACCACAGCCAGUUCGAGGAGUCAGAGGAGUUUCAGGCCCUGGUGAAGCGGCUCCCUGGAGAUCGUUUCCUGAACAAGACAGCCAUCUCCCACUUCUGGGCCAUGGACCUGGACGUCCAGCAUCGCUACCAGCAGCUGGGCACCAGCCUGAAGCUGCUUUCCAGGAAAACGCACCGACUCCUCCGUCGGCUCUUCAACCUCAGCAAACUCUGCCACCGACAACCUCACUUCAAACUACCGAAGGAGAGGUCCCUCCCUUACUGGUGGAGCCGCGCGCAGUCACUCCUGUACUGCAGUGAGACCACCGUGCCUGGGACCUUCCUGGAAGAAAGCCACAGCUGCACGUGUCCUUCUGACCAGCCCUCCUGCCAGGGGUCCAUACCGUGUGCCUUGGGCGAGGGGUCAGCCUGUGCCAGCUGCGCUGAGGACAACAGCACCCGCUGCGGGACAUGCAACCACGGCUACGUGCUCACCCAGGGCUUCUGCCGCCCCGAGGUGGCCGACUCGCUGGAGCACUACCUGGGCUUGGAGACGGACCUGCAGGACUUGGAGCUCAGGUACCUCCUGCAGAAACGGGACAGCCGCAUCGAGGUCCACUCCAUCUUCAUCAGCAACGACAUGCGCCUGGGAAGCUGGUUCGACCCCUCCUGGAGGAAACGGAUGCUCUUGACCCUGAAGAGCAACAAGUACAAGCCUGGGCUCGUUCACGUGAUGUUGGCCCUCUCCCUGCAGAUCUGUCUCACCAAGAACAGCACCUUGGAGCCUGUCAUGGCCAUCUACGUCAACCCCUUUGGGGGAAGCCACUCAGAGAGCUGGUUCAUGCCUGUCAAUGAGGGCAGCUUCCCAGACUGGGAAAGGACUAACGUAGAUGCCUCUGCCCAGUGCCAAAACUGGACACUCACCCUGGGCAACAAGUUUAAGACCUUCUUUGAAACAGUCCACGUCUACUUGCGGAGCCGCAUCAAAUCUCUGGAUGACAGCUCCAACGAGACUAUCUACUAUGAACCCUUGGAGAUGGCAGAUCCCUCCAAGAACCUGGGGUACAUGAAAAUCAACAGCUUGCAAGUCUUUGGCUACAGCCUACCCUUUGAACCGGACUCUAUUCGUGACCUGAUCCUUCAGUUGGACUAUCCCUACACCCAGGGCUCCCAGGACUCGGCCAUGCUCCAGCUGUUGGAGAUUAGGGACCGGGUGAACAGGCUGUCACCCCCUGGCAAAACCCGCCUUGACCUCUUCACUUGUUUGCUCCGCCACAGGCUCAAGCUGGCCAACAACGAGGUGGCGAGGAUCCAGUCCUCCUUGAGAGCCUUCAACGCCAGGCUGCCCAACACAGUAGAGCAGGAGACGGGCAAGCUGUGCAGCUAACGGCUGGGGCUGCUCAGAUCUCAGAGCAAGGGGGUCGGGAGAAAGGACUCCCUGCGGAAAGAGAUAAAAUAACCACUCUAAAUCAAGGCCUUACCUUAGUGCCAACCGCGUGCUUCCAUGGUACACCCAACGACUGGCCAAAGAGGCGCAGGGCUCGGGCGGACACAGGACAGCAGUGGGACCAUGGAGGAGGGAUGGUUCAUGCAGUGCAGACUGGCUGUGGGUGCAGGGAUGAUGCCACCGUGGCCGCCCUGUGUCAUGGCUUUUGCUCGAGCACUGGUGGGUGGCGGGAUGUGCCGAGGGAUGUGGCUCCGCCAGAGGCAGCUGCUGGCCCCACCAUGAGGUUCCUCCAGCGUCUGUCUCCCCGGCGCCUCAACUUUUGUAGUCUUUUUAAGAGCGGUUUCUACUGGCGCCUUCUCUUUUGCAUCUCCCACAACCUUUCCUGGGGCCGAGCCCUCGCACAGUGGGGAGAGCAACUCUGCCAUAAGCCUCUGCGACGCAGCAGAUCUCCCCUGGGGCCUCUCUGCGAGCAUCUGGUGCCCACUGUGGUUCCAAAGCAUCAUCGCCCCUUGCAUGGGCAAGGACCUGGUACCUGCCCCGUGGAUGUUGCUGUCAUGGACACCGACGGAGACCUCUGGGCCACAAUUCCUUACAAAAAAAGAAAAGAAAAAGAAACCUUAAACAAAAGAAAAAGGAAAAAAAAUGUUUUAUUUAUGUACUUAUUUAUUUGUUUUGUUUGAGAGGGUUUUUUUUAAGCCUAUUUAUUUGGGGAAGGUCAUUUCUUGUUGG